GGACAAAGUUUGUUCCCAAACCUGGGCCCAGGUAGACUUGAUUGUCGCAGCUCUCUUGGAUCUGUUCUCGUGCGUUGGCUUCGUGCAGCGGCUGCAGCUGGUUAUCGAGUCAAUAAUACGUCAUCCGGGUUGAAUAAUUAUGAUUUAAUCAUAGGAUAAUUCUUUUAAGGGAAUUAUUGACCGCGACAAAGAAGACACGAGUAAAACUCAAUAGGGUGUGUAAAAGUCACCCCACUAUUGCACGUUUCGCCAACAGACACAAGCAGGAAAGGAUGGUCUUUUUUUUAUAAGUGCAAUUCCCGAUAUCACCAUGGCAAAGUUUGGGUUAUCGUUCUCUGGAGGCGGAGUCCGGUCAGCGGCAUUCUGUUCAGGAGUGUUGCGCAGACUGCUGCAGAAGGAGGUGCGAAUAGACUACCUGAGUUGCGUGUCUGGGGGCGGUUACACAGGCUCUGCUUACGUCGACUGGAAAUACAGGCAUGAUAAGAAAGAUGACAAGAAAUGGCAUCAGAAUUUCUUUAAUCACAUGAGGGAAAAUGUCGGCUUAGUUUGCAGUUUUCAAAAUCCCUGCCAAGGUAUUUUCGACUGCGUGAUCUUUUGUGCUCUAGCAUUAUUCAUCUCUGUCAUCGCGCCUUUCAUAAUUUGGGGAUCAUUCGCACAUCCACUGGCCUAUAUUAUCGAUUACCUCUUUGGCAGAAUUUUGAGGGGUGGCAGUCGUCCGUGUCCAGAAGAGGUCAGGUUGAAUCUAAACACAACCCUCAACGAUUGCCUGCAGAAUCGUAAGAAUGCGGACAAAAUUUACGAUCGCGUUCUACUCUUCUUCGUGCCUGCUCUCCUCGCUUUCAUAUUCUACGUCUUGAAAAGAUGCGUCAAAAGAGGAGAAGGUCAUUUCAAUUGGCUUUCGCUCUUCAGUUUAAUGAUGUUUGGAAUUCUGUUUUUUCCCUGGUUUUUAAACAUUUCCCUGCGACUUGUACCAGACUUUUUGAAAGGGUUGCUCCUUGUGCCAAUGAUCUUUUUUUGGUUUUUAUUUCCUCGCCUGCGUGACAAUGCAUCACUGGUAUUCGUCGUGUAUCUCUACUCGUUUGUCAUCCACUUCAGAGUGUAUCGUAUAAAUGCCUUUGGCAUCCUCUACGAUGAUCGCAUCUUUGAUCAAGCAUUUGCAGCAUCUAUACUUCUAAUGUGGGUUGCCCCUUUGGUUAUAGCGAUACAACAAAGCAUUGUUCAUAUUUAUGUCAGAUGGAUCAUCCAAAAGGCAUUUUAUCAUCCAAACACCAUUGGCAAAUGCGGUUGUAGUGGCAUAUCGUGGCGUAACCUUUUCCUUUUCUGUCCAGCCCUCGACGAAUCCCGGAUGAUCCAAAACAUACCUCAUAAAAAGGCUUUGACUUUGGAUGAUUUGGAUGACCUUACACCCACCUACAUCGGGUGCACCACUGUUAAUAGAUGGAAACGCACCCCUUCCCCCAGAGAACCUCAUUAUGAGCUUCUCACCAUGUCCCCUCACGGUAUUGAACGACUUGAUCGUCCUGGUGAUGAGCAGGGACUUCAUGGUAAGCUGAUGCCCGUCGAUGUUUACCUGUCUGAGGUAGCGGCAAAUUCUGCAGCUGCGGUCAACUAUGACUCAGGAUUAGCGCAAGGUGAUGAGGCGCCAUUUAGAAACUUUCUGGUCAUGAUUGGACUCUCCUUCGGUGCAUCUCUUGUAGCUGAUAAGAGGCACGAGAAGAGACGUCAUAUCUGCUUACAGAGUCUUCCUAUUGUAAUAGAACUCCUCCGAGUCGUUCCUUUGGUGUUCACUCUUGUCCUCUAUGCGAAGAAUGACGGUGAAAAAUUUUUGGUAGCAGGAUUGCUGAUACACAUUGGUGUUACCGCAUUAAUAACCUUGUUAGGGUUAGUGCCAACUGGAGCAAAAAAUCCUGGAAGAUUGGAACGACUUGCCAGAUGGUUGACAAUCAAUACCCUUGGUGGUCACUAUCAUCGUAAAGCGAUGAAUGUCAUAAAUGUUGGACCCAGCCCGCCGGCUGUUUUGUCCCUAAGUGAUGGCGGCCAUCUUGAGAAUCUUGGCAUUCUCCCCUUACUGAAGCUGAGGCUUAAAAAGAUCGUGGCAGUAGAUGGAGGAAACACUAUUCUGGAUCAAGACUACGCGGACGCCCUAUUAACUGCUCUGGAUAUGGCUAGGAAAAAGUUAGGCUGUUCAUUUUCAGCCCUGGAUGGACGAGAUAUCGCUGAGGAUAUUCGGGAUAACUUCGUUGAGAGGAGCCCUGGGUCACAGCCAAGCAGCUACAGAUUCAAAGUUUAUUAUUAUGAAAAGAAUGUUAACUGCGACGGAAAGACCAAAGUUGGCGAAGGAGAAAUUCUCUAUAUAGCUCCCAGGCAUCCAGGCAAAAGGGUGAAAACCUCGCCUUACGUUACAUGGGAGCAAGCGUUGCGUGACAUCGACGAAGAUCUCGAGGCAGGCCUUUGGGGCGCUGGACCUCAGUUAUCAUCAGAAGAGGCCGAUAGAUUAACAUUCUGUUGUUGUGAAUGUUGCCAUGGAAACACGUGUCGUGGCUUGUCCGAAGCUAUGUGUGGGGUUUUUCCACAACAUAGUACUGCUAAUCAGUUGUUCACGCCGACACAGUUCUCCGCCUAUCACAGGGAGGGAUAUCGCGCUAGCAUGGAGGCUAAAGUAGCUCAGUUUGCGUCCGAUCGAAAGGAAGUUACCUCCGCCCCAGGAACUAACAUCGUUUAAGUAAAAGUAAACACCGUGGAACUUCUCUGUGAUUAAAGAUGGAUAAAUAAAAUAAUGAAUGGUACGUUCUGGGCUCGUUUGUCUAUCAAAGAAAGGGAUUUGUCUUUCGCAUGAAACAAAUAAACAAAUUGGAGUACCCCACGAGAAAUUGAACCUCAUAGCCUCUGAUU